UUGGACCCUGGUGCUACCAGCCACCGACUACCUGCGACAGAGAGCAACUGAAUAACAGGAAACAUGCUCACCAGUCACAGUUUCCACAACAGGUUCCAUCUUCGCUCCGAGAUAAAAAGUCAAGAUCAGCCACACAACCUUUAUGUGAACAACAGAGAGGAGUUCACCAAAUUGUGUCUACCAGCUGCCAACAGGGAUCCCCAAUGCCCUGUGUGUUUGCAACCAGCCAGUUAUCCUGUAGAGACCAACUGUGGGCAUCUUUUCUGUGCUCCAUGCCUGAUAUCUUACUGGAAACAUGGCUCCUGGUUAGAUGCCAUUAGCUGUCCUUUGUGCAGACAGACGGUGAAUAAGAUGUCUCAUCUCUUCAGUGAGAACAGAGCUGACUGUAAAGACAGAGAGAUCCUGAGACAUAUUAGAGAUUACAACAAGCGUUACACUGGAGCUCCAAGACAGGUCAAAGAUUACCUAUGUGAUGCUCCUCUCUUCCUACUAUUGCUGGUGCGAUGGUUGGGGAACAUGGGCGGCCUGGUAUGGCUUUUUAUUUUGAGAGUGGCUGUCUGUGGCUUCGGGGCUGCUAUGUCUCUGGCAUCGCCGCUGGAGACCCUACCUGGACCGUUGGGCAGUGUGCUGGGUAUACUGGAUGAAUGUGUAGUGGUUUUUCUUCUUCUGAUCUGCAUUAUUAACAUCAACCAGCAGAUGACGCCACAGAGGACUCAGUCGGUCACACAGGGCGUGCUGACCGAUACAUUGUAGAGAGGACACUGAUAAUGUGCAAGCUACUAGCAUGUUGAAAUUACAACUAUGGACCUUGAUGGGAAAGGUUAAUGGACCUAGUGCACUUUGUUUUCGGUAAUCAUGGAUUUUCUGUGAAGUCAGUGUGUCUAAAAUAGACAAACCAUGAUAAAGUGUUUAAUAUUAUUUGUUCAAAGGACGAUUGUAUGUAUGAUACACUUACAGUACUUUUGUAAAUAUACAAGUUUUUAAUAAAUAUUUAUCAUAAUGUAUUUUCAGGCAAAACCCCACAUACCACAGCAUUUCAUUUUAAAAUCAAGAAUUUAUUUAAUGCAUUAAGAAUACAGGUAGUGUUUUAUCAGUAAAGAUUUAUUUUCCAAAGGCAUUUUAAUCAUUUCUGGAAUGUACAUUUAAAGUAGAGAAGCAAUCUAAAAAAGUUGAAAUUGUAACAACUGGCACAACUCCACGUGAAAUCUCCACAGUGCAUUUCUAACCUAUUAUA